CGUUUAAUCCCAGAGUGUAUGGUACCGGAAAAGCGCAUGCAAGUGACUUUGACGGAACGCGACCGAAGGAUGCCGUGUUGCGUAUGUCGGCUGCGUAUGUAUGUACGCUGCAGUGUCAGCGAUUUUUUUAUACGCGCUGCAGCUGCAAAAGGGAUGAACAAAAAACUGCAGCAGGAUUACUGGAUGCACCUCUGAUCUAGAGGAGAAGUUUCUGCCGAUCUUUUCACAGGUCUUUGCUAAUAGUUUGCAGGAAACUAAUCCUCUGGAGAUAUGGCUACCCCAACCACUGAUUCGGAGAGGCGGAAACAGAUUUCCGUGCGCGGCAUUGCCGAAGUGGAAUCGGUAUCAAACAUCAAGAAGACCUUCAAUCAGCAUCUGCACUUCACGCUGGUGAAGGAUCGCAAUGUGGCCACACCUCGGGAUUACUUCUUUGCUUUGGCCCAUACUGUCCGCGAUCAUUUGGUCGGUCGGUGGAUCCGCACGCAGCAGUACUACUAUGAACAUGAUCCUAAGCGAGUGUACUACCUAUCGCUGGAAUACUACAUGGGUCGCGCGUUACAAAACACCAUGAUUAAUCUGGGCAUCCAGUCAGCAUGCGACGAAGCCCUGUACCAGUUGGGACUGGACAUUGAAGAGCUGCAAGAGUUGGAAGACGAUGCCGGUCUGGGUAACGGUGGUCUGGGCCGAUUGGCAGCUUGUUUUCUGGAUUCGAUGGCCACUUUGGGUUUGGCAGCCUACGGCUACGGAAUCCGGUAUGAAUACGGUAUCUUCGAUCAAAAGAUCGUGGACGGGGAGCAGAUUGAGGAACCGGAUGACUGGCUGCGUUUCGGCAAUCCGUGGGAGAAAGCGCGCCCGGAAUUCAUGUUGCCGGUAAAUUUCUACGGGCGGGUGGAGAAGAAUGAGAAAGGCUGUAGAUGGGUGGAUGCGCAGGUGGUCUUCGCUAUGCCGUACGAUAUUCCUGUUCCCGGCUACAUGAACAAUACGGUCAACACGUUGCGAUUGUGGUCAGCCAAGUCGGCACACGACUUUCAGCUGAAAUGUUUCAACGAAGGGGACUACAUCCAAGCUGUUUUGGAUCGUAAUAACGCUGAAAACAUUUCGCGAGUGCUGUACCCCAACGACAAUUUCUUCUCCGGCAAAGAACUGCGACUAAAGCAGGAAUAUUUUAUGGUGGCCGCUUCGCUGCAGGACAUUGUCCGGCGUUUCAAAUCCGCCAAAUUCGGAUGUCGCGAUGCGGUGCGGACGUCUUUCGACAAUUUUCCCGAAAAGGUUGCUAUUCAACUGAAUGAUACGCAUCCGUCAAUGGCCAUCCCGGAGCUGAUGCGCAUUCUGGUGGACCUGGAAGGAUUGCCGUGGGAGCGCGCCUUCGACAUUACCGUACGCGCCUGUGCGUACACCAACCACACCGUAUUGCCGGAAGCGCUGGAACGCUGGACAUGCAGCCAGUUGCAGAAUCUCUUACCGCGACAUUUGGAAAUCAUCUACCAUAUCAACUUUCUGUUCUUACAGGAGGUGCAGAAACUCUGGCCCGGUGAUGAGGCUCGCAUGCGGCGCAUGUCGCUGGUGGAGGAAGAAGGCGAACAGCGCAUCAACAUGGCAUUUUUAUCCAUUGUGGGUUCUCACGCUGUUAACGGUGUAGCUGCUCUGCAUUCGGAUUUACUGAAGACAACCAUCUUUCGGGAUUUUUACGAUAUGUGGCCGCAAAAGUUUCAAAAUAAAACCAAUGGAAUUACUCCCCGUCGUUGGUUGUUAUUGUGUAAUCCAUCCUUGGCCGAUUUAAUUACGGAGAAGAUCGGAGAGGAAUGGGUGCGUGACCUUUAUCAGCUGGAGAAGCUGAAGGCGUUCAUUGGAGAUCAGCAGUUCCUGCGUCGAUUGAUGCAGUUUAAGCAGGAGAAUAAGCUCAAACUAGUCACUCACAUUAAGGAAAAGUAUGGAGUGAACGUGAAUCCGGCGUCCAUUUUCGAUAUCCAGGUCAAGAGAAUCCAUGAAUACAAACGACAGAUCCUCAACUGUCUGCACGUUAUCACGUUAUACAACCGCAUCAAGCGCAAUCCCGGUGAUAAAUUCAUACCGCGCACGGUGAUGAUUGGCGGCAAAGCCGCUCCUGGCUAUCACAUGGCCAAACAGACGAUUAAACUGAUCUGCGCUAUUGGACGUAUUGUCAACAAUGAUCCCAUUAUUGGGGACCGCUUGAAAGUGAUCUUUCUGGAGAAUUACCGCGUGAGCUUAGCCGAGAAAAUUAUCCCGGCAGCAGACCUGAGCGAGCAAAUCUCGCUGGCCGGAACGGAAGCGUCAGGAACCGGCAACAUGAAGUUCCAGCUGAACGGUGCAAUGACCAUCGGCACACUGGACGGAGCCAACGUAGAGAUGCGCGAAGAGAUGGGCGUGGAGAACUUCUUUCUGUUCGGCAUGACUGUGGAUGAAGUGGCAGCCCUUUGGCGUCGCGGGUAUAAUCCAUAUGAGUACUAUAACCGCAAUCCAGAGCUGAAGUUAGCCAUCGAUCAGAUCCGGAGUGGAUAUUUUUCACCUAAUCGCCCGGAAUUAUUUCAUGAUGUUGUGGAUGUUCUGCUGAAAUAUGACCGGUUUUGUACUCUUGCCGACUAUGAUGAUUAUAUGAAAUGCCAAGAGCGCGUUAAUGAAGCAUACGCUGACCCGCUGGUGUGGGCGCGAAUGAGUUUAAUGAAUAUUGCAUCCAGUGGAAAAUUCAGCACUGAUCGCACCAUUGCGCAGUAUGCUCGUGAGAUCUGGGGAGUUGAGCCGAGUUUCGCACGUUUACCGGCUCCACAUGAGCCAAUGUUCGAGCCAACUAUGGCCAAGCAGCAGAAUGCCAAAGCAGCCGGCGAUGCGAAUGCUUAACGGACUGGCGCUUCCAGAUCCACGCUAGCUUGGGGAGAAUUAUAUUUCUUUUUGAUUUUUUUGCUGCGUUAAAUGAAGUGCUUCGCGAGUAAAGAAAGGUUGUGGUCUAUGAGCUAAUCAAAAUCCCUUGUUUUGGAGCUUGAACGAAUGUAACGUACGCUGGUUUACAUAUAUAUCUGCGUUAUGUUUGCUAAGUGUGAUAAAAUUUGUGGAUAUGUCUUAGUAGAGACCGUAUUGUCGUUGCUCUUGGAUAUUUUUUUCUCGUAUUGCAAAUUGCCGUGAGAAAUAUUGCUGGCUGAUAAAAGUCUGCUUUUGUCGUCCUUUUCGUUCCUAAUAAUAUUACUGUAUAAGUGGAACGCAUGCACUUAAAAAUUGUAAGUGAUUUGCGAAAUAAAGCCAAAAAAUGAUGA